AUGUCGCAGCAUACACUUUUUCGUCCUUGCAUCGAUAUUCACAAAGGUCAAGUAAAACAAAUUGUUGGUGGAACUUUGGGAGACGAUGCUAGCUUACAGACAAACUAUGUCUCUUUGAAAUCGAGUGAUUACUAUGCUCAGCUCUACAAGGAAAAUCAUUUGCUAGGAGGCCAUGUGAUUAUGUUGGGUCCCAACUGCGAAGAAACUGCAAAGAGUGCUCUCCGUGCCUGGCCAGGCUACCUACAAAUUGGCGGUGGAAUCAAUAAUACAAAUGCAAAGUACUGGUUAGAACAAGGAGCUUCCAAGGUAAUCGUCACAUCUUGGUUAUUUCCAAACGGUCAGUUUGAUUUGGAAAGAUUGAAAACCAUUUCGGAUCUAGUGGGCAAAGAUCGUCUUGUUGUCGACGUUAGUUGUCGUAGAAAGGGAAGUGGAUGGUUUGCAGCAAUCAACAAAUGGCAGACGGUAACAGAACUUGAGAUAUCCAAAGAGAAUUUGGAUAUGCUGUCAAAUUACUGUACUGAAUUUUUGAUCCACGCGGCUGACGUGGAGGGAUUAUGCCGGGGAAUUGACGAGGAGCUAGUGAAAAAGCUGGGCGAAUGGGUAACGAUUCCUACCACUUAUGCGGGUGGUGGACGAAAUAUCGAAGAUUUGGAAUUAGUGAACACAUUAAGUCACGGAAAAGUUGACUUGACGAUAGGUAGCGCUUUAGACAUAUUUGGUGGAAGUUUGGGAUUCGCUCGAGUCGUCGCUUGGAACCGACAAUUUGCUCCAUUGUCUCUCUAA